AUGGUCUCCGGCACCGCGCCGGACAGCAUGUUGUACCCCACGUUGAUCACCUCCAGGCUCUCCAUGUCGCCGAUGCUCUCCGGCAGCUCCCCCGCGAACUCGUUGUGGCUGAGGUCCAGCACCUUGAGCUUCUUCAGCUUGCCGAUCUCCGGCGGGAUGCAGGAGCUGAUGCUGGUGUUGAGCAGGAUGAGCUCGACCAGCGUGUCGGCCAUGUCGCCGAUGCUCGGAGGAAGGCAGCCGGCCAGCUUGGUGUUGGCGAGCACGAUGACCGACGCCGUGGAGUUGGUCAGGCUCCCCGACGCCAGCGACACGUUGAAGCGGUUGUCGUUGGCGAACAGCGCGUCCAGGCUGAGCUGCCGGCCGAACACCGCGUCCGGGAGCUCGCCGUCGAAGUCGUUGAACCGGAGGUCCAGGUACUUGAGCGACGGCAGAGAGGUGAGGAAGGACGGGAAGGGGCCGGAGAGGAGGUUGUUGCUGACGUCCAGCUCGAAGAGGAGGCGCAUAUGCUGCAUGGACGUCGGCAGCGUGCCGUGGAACCGGUUGGAGUUGAGGUGGAGAACCGCGAGGUCGGCGAGGAGGCCGAGGUGGUCGGUGAGGACGCCGGCGAUACGGCCGUGGUUGAGGUCGACGCCUGCGACGGUGAGGAUGCACGGGUCGUCCGGCGCGGCGGCGCAGAACACGCCGGUGUAG